AUGGACGAGGUGUACGCCAAAGGGAGGAGACACCUGAAGAUCUCCAAGCUCUACCUGAAGGGUCUUCUGAAGCGAGGGCCCAACAUAUUCGUUGCUCUGGCUUGGUCGCAGGCGUUUUGGCUCAUCCUCGAGGCCACCGCGGGGAACGAAGACAGCCGCGGCUACGUGCGGCUCUCGAGCGUGGCGUGCUACGCCCUGGCCCUGCACGCGGGAGGCCACCUGCUGCUCCACCGCUACAGCAGCGGCCGGCGAAAGCUUAGCCACCACGCCCUCGAGUUCCUGCUGGACCUCGUCACCGAUGUCGUGGGCUUCGCGUGGAUCAACGUUGCGGAGGAGAUGUUGGCGCAGGUGUUCGAGGUAAGAGCCAAGACUACGCUCGUGUACGCCGCGCUGGCGUUCGCGGCGAGCCUGGGGGCGAUGGAGCUCGGCUCCCUCGCGCGCAGCCUCCUCGACUGGCCGGUCGGCUUCGAGGAGACCGCGAACCAGUUCGACGCGGGCUCGUUCGCUCUCCCCACGUCCUGGCUCGUCACCCAGGGCGUUCACAUCGGCCUGUACGGCUUUUUCUACCGGACGGCCGGGGGCCAGGGCGGUCGGGGCGGCGACGGCGAGGAGGACGACGUCGUCGAUGUGCGCCUCGCGGCGUCGCUCUUCCUCCUCGCGUACGCGCUCCUCUGCUCCGCGCUGGCCACACGCGUGAUCGGUGGGACGGUGGCCGCUUCCGCGGUCGCCGUAGGCGGCGGCGGCGGCGGCGGCGGCGGCGGCGGCGGCCUGACCAGGAGCAACAGCGGCGGCAGCACCGGCAGCAGGAGCGACCUCGUCAUCCGCGCGAUUUCGUCUUACGGGGUCACGGCGGCCCAGGCAUCGGAUGCAGCGGCGGCGGCAUCGGCAGAAGCAGCAGGGGACGUCGAAGCGUCGUCGACUCCGUCUUGCGGCGGCGGGCGCAACACUUCCUACCGAGAAGGCGGGGGCGACGUUGCCGACGUCGGUCCUUCGAACAGCACCAAAGUUGGUGAUGGUGGGGGUGAGCGCGGAGCGGCGCCACUGGCGGCGGCGGCGGCGGCGGCGGCGGCGGAGGCGGAGGCGGAGGAAGCGGCAGGCGGCGAGGAUGCCCGGCGAGACUCCCUCCGACGGGGGCUCAAAGCUUACAUGAGGCUCACCGUCGGGAUGAUGGUGGGCUGGGCGUACAACCUUUGGGGGCAGGUAGAGUUCCGACAGGAGGAGCUCGAGUUCCGCUUCGGGCCGGCGCUGGGCGCCGCCGCCUACGCGGCCCUGAGCACCGCGCUCGGGGUGUGCGUCAUGGUGCGCGGGGCGGACAAGUUGGCCGGUAGCAACAGGCGGAAAAACGGCGCCGGCGGCGCUGUCAACGACAGCGUCGGCGGCGCGUUAGGCUCACGGCCCGGGGGCGGCUACUUCCACGUCGAACGGCCGGAAGAGGACGGAGAGGAAACGAGGCGAAGAGACGCCGCGGUCCGGUCGUACCACGCCAGACGUCUGCUCGUUGUCGUGGGCGGGGUCAGCCUGGUGGUGGGGUGGGCGUGGGAGGAGGCGUUCGACCUGGCGCUGGAGGGGCUCCUCGGCGACGAGGCUGACGCCGCGACCGUGGUCGCCAAGCUCAGCCUCGCGGUCGCGGCCACCGUCGUCGUGCUCGGCCGGGAGGUUAGGCGGGCGGGGCGACGUGACGCCGGCGGUGGCGACCUUCACGACCACAACGGUGCCGGAGAGGGCGGCGGUGGUCUGUUGGAGCCGUUGGUGCCGACCGGGGACACGGCUGUGCUGUAGUCGUGAGUCUCCCUGUUCGUACAGUUUUGAGGCGGGCGUUUUGUGUCUUUGUGGUUGGCUGGCGUCGACCUCGCUUUAACCGGCUGACUAUUGAAAACGUCAGUCUCAGUGCGGUGGAAAACGGAAAAAAAGGCCAUGAUCUGGGACCCCGCGAUGGUGUGUGUGUGUGUGUGUGUGUGUGCAGUUUGUGUCGACAUCAAAUAGGAUCGGUGUUCGUUGGGGUACCUCGUGCCGGCCGCAUGCGCACGCACACACACCCUGGGGGUUACGUUCCAUGCGUUAGAAAUGGUAUUGUGUGUUGCCUGUCAUCGAGAGAUUCGGGAGGCAGGCGCAGUUGUCGCCGAUCCGAUGUUUGUCCACGUCCUCUCGGUUGUGAAGCGAUUGAGCACGGGAGAAUCGGGCGAGGGUAAUCGUCGGCAUGCGUGUGCAUACGUCCUACAACCCGUGCACCCUCAAGGCCGUGCUCUUUGGGCCUUGUUGUUGCCUGCCGUGGUCCGUGGGUACUAAAAAUGGUUGGGGUUGGUUUCAUUUU